UAUCCAACGCCAUUCACAAAUUGCGUGAAUCGCAUCCCUCAUCCGCACCCCCCACCCCCACCUUUGUACAAGUCAGAAGCGCAACCAUCCGGGAUUGACACGUCUAGCACUUCAAUCUUCCACGGGGACAAGAAAGGAAGCAAGACUCCUCUCCCAACAACUUGACGUCUCCGCAGACAUCCGGGCACAAUGUCGAGAUCCUACGAUCGUGCGCUGACCGUCUUCUCCCCAGAUGGUCAUCUCUUCCAAGUAGACUAUGCCGCCGAAGCCGUGCGAAAGGGAACUUGCGCCAUUGGCGUGAGGGGCAAAGAUGUGGUGGUGCUGGGAGUGGAGAAGAAGAGCGUGUUGCAGUUGCAGGAUGCCAGGACUAUCAGAAAGACGGCCAUGCUGGACGAUCACAUUUGUCUAGCUUUUGCUGGUCUCACUGCCGACGCUCGCAUUCUGAUCGACAAGGCGCGCAUCGAGUGCCAAUCACACCGACUCACAGUCGAGGAUCCGGUCAGCGUGGACUACAUCACGAGGCACAUUGCAGGCAUUCAGCAAAGGUACACUCAAUCCGGCGGAGUACGUCCAUUUGGUUUAUCUACGAUUCUGAUCGGCUUUGAUCCGAACGAAGCUGUUCCUCGACUGUACAUGACCGAACCCAGCGGUAUGUACAGCGCGUGGAAAGCCGUGGCUAUCGGUAGGAGCAGCAAGACUGUGCGUGAAUUCUUGGAAAAGAAUUGGGCAGAAGAUCUGGACAAGGAGGCUACGAUCAAGCUGGCCGUCAAGAGCUUGCUAGAGGUUGUGCAGACUGGCGCCAAGAACAUCGAAAUUGCCAUCAUGGAAGGAUUUGGAAAGGUCAGAAACCUCGAGCUAUCAGAGGUGGAAGCGGUCGUGACGCAGAUUGAAGCGGAGAAGGAAGCGGAUGCAGAGAGGCGUCGCACGAGGUUGGCAGCUACCGCCGGAGCUCAGGCUUCUCUUGGUGCAGGUGCAGGUGCGGGUUCUGGCAGCUCAUAGAAGAGCGUCAGGCAUACAAAGACCUGCGCGCACACACAGAGGCAAUACAUGACACGGCACGUGAAUGAAAGUUUGACCGCUCGAGCUUCCGUUCUACGGCCCCGAGUGAGACGACUUUUCUGAUGCUCGAUGUUUGUCUCGAGCGAGUCGUCAUUGGGACGGCGAUGUGCACCCCUCGCGAUGCGCUGGGGAGAGGCGCGAGCAAGUCUGACGAUUCACCUCGGAAAAGACGUCCUUGGUAGGUGUGGUGGGACUUGCGCUCAGGG